UUUUUUUUAUUAUAUUGAAUACUUUGUAUUUACUAUGUGUGAUUUAAACUGGUGUCCUAUGUGUGAUUGCGCUAUUUCUUACGAAUCUGACUCUUUAUAUUGCUCUCUUAUUUGUCUGUUGAAGGAUACUGACUGUUAUUAUAAUGCGAUAUUAAAUAAAGACCCACAAAUGUUUAUACCGAUGCCUGACAUAUAUAAUUCAACACAUAUAAACGAUAUGAAUGACUCCUCCAAUAUGUUAUUGUCUUCAUCACCGCUUAGUCUAUCAAAAUCUGUUGAUACAUCAGCUUCAUUUACACCAGCGUAUAUUAAUCUAGAUCAAUCAAUAGAAAAACUUAAUAAAGCUACUAUUUAAGAUCAACUAAGUCUAUCAUCUAUAGGCUUUUCAUAUUGUGAUUAUAAUGAAAAUGCCUUAUCAAAUCAAGACAAGUACUAUAUCAAUGAUUAUUCUACAUCAUAUUUUAAUGAAGCAUUAAUAUCUUUUUUUAUUUAAUUAAAAACACAAUAAAAUAAGACAUACAUUUGUC